CGCGCACUGACCACUCAGCCUUAACAAUUUUCGCACAACCCUAAGCCCACCAGCUCGACCAAAUUCUGGAAUUUUUCCCAAGGUAGGUCCCGACCGUGACGACGCCAAAUUCGACCAUCACCCGACAACAAUACCGUCAAGAUGGUUGCCGCCAAGAAGCACAUCCCGAUCGUGAAGAAGCGCACUAAGCGCUUCAUGCGCCACCAGAGCGAUCGCUUCAAAUGUGUCGACGCGGCGUGGCGCAAGCCCAAGGGUAUUGACAACCGGGUCCGGAGACGCUUCAGGGGCACUCUGGCUAUGCCCUCGAUCGGCUAUGGCUCCAACAAGAAGACCCGCCACAUGAUGCCCUCGGGCCACAAGGCUUUCCUCGUCAGCAACGUCCAGGACGUCGAGCUGCUCCUUAUGCACAACAAGACCUACGCCGCAGAGAUCGCCCACAACGUCUCCUCGAGGAAGCGGGUCGACAUCAUCGCGCGGGCGAAGCAAUUAGGUGUCAAGGUCACCAACGCGAAGGCGAAGGUCACGACGGAGGUCUAAACGGCAACCAACAGUCAUGGGGCAACUUCUUUCUGUGUUUUGGAGCAUCUCAGGCGGUCUCAGGGAAAGGUCUGCUAUUUGUCUGCGAUUGCCUAGCACCCACCCAAGCUAGUGAAUACAAUUGCGACCUCCUUCGUCACGGGCAAACAGGCAAUAACCGACGUCGGCUGAUCGGGUCCCCUCUGAGCCUCACUGGGACGAUGUUUGGGGGAUCGAGCGGCGGCGAGUUGACGGACCACAUGCGAGAUGGUAACAAAUC